AUGCCCCCAGAGACUGCUGCCCAAGCGGACAGGUUCCAGAGAGAAGAAGGUCAGCUCCCCGGUACGGAGGCAAGGAGGAAAGCCGACGACAAUCGGCCGUCCACUCUUUGUCCCUGCAAGGAUUCCUUUUCCCCUAUGCUUAUCCCCGUGUCCAUCCACCCGGUUGUAAAGCAUGACCUUCAUUAUCUGGCAUCCAGUCACAUUCGUUCCCGCUCCACGACUUUAUUCUGAAGUGUGCAAUGCGGUGGUGGUGAUCAGGGGAGCUCAGUCCAGAGAGGGUGGUACACAAAGAGAGAAAUCAGAUCGAACGCUGCAAGAGGAAAGGAUCGAUUGUAUGGAUCAGGGAGCAAACAACUUCUCAG